AUUCCACAAAUAUCACCAAUAUGAUGAACUACACUAAUAACAAUCUUUAUUUUAUGUAUAUUUAUAUUUUCAAUUAACUUAUUCUUUUGUUUUAAAACAAAAUUAACUUUUAAUAAAAAUAAAUCCCAAAAUAAUAUAAAUUGAAAAUGAUAG